ACGCCUGCCUCGUGUUGUCUGUAUAAAGUCUCUGACUCUGAGACUCUUCUGCACUCGUCGUUCAGUGAACAUUGUGUUCCUCUGCUACGUCUGCGUCCAUCAUGAAGCUCCUCAGUGUGGUUCUCCUUCUGCUUCCACUCUCGCUCUGUUUGGCUAGAGUUGUGAAUGAUUUUACUAAGAGCUGUCCAGGGUUCUUCGCUACUCCGAAUGAUGUCGUUUCUCCUCCCACGGGUUUUACUGGGGAUCGCUUUAAACGGAUCUGUCAAACUCUAAAUAAUAAAGCUGAAUUCGCGACACUUUAUGACACGACGUACAGGAUCCCAGUUUACUCAGCAUACAGGUUUACCGGACGAGUGGACUGUAAUAGAACAACUAGGAACAACUGGUAUAUUGAACCUCAGCUGGAAGAUGGAAACUUGGGGCCAAACAUGGCUACUGAGUCUGCUGUGAGAAAUAUAGUUAAUCAGGCUGUAAAUGCCGAUUACGCCGGGUCUCCCUAUGAUAGAGGACACCUGGCUCCAGUUUUCCAUGCCGCCUCACAGAGCUGUUCUGAUGCCACCUUCACUCUGACUAACGCUGCUCCACAGAAUUUAUCAUUCAACCGCGGGCAGUGGAAGGUGACAGAAAGAAAAAUGGCUGUUUCUCUGAAUGAAUCUUGCCGUAAUGUAGGCCUGAGUGCAUUUGUAGUAACUGGGGUUGUGCCGGGUAAUUAUAAAAUGAAUAACAGAGUGCAAAUUCCCAGUCACUUCUGGACGGCAUUCUGCUGCCUUGAUAACAAUAAUAUACCCAGACGCUCAGGUGGAUAUAUUGGAGAAAAUAUAAAUAAUGUUGUAUCUGGCCCAAUGACCAACAGAGAUCUUGAGCGUCAAUUAUACAAUCUGUAUGGGAGAACUGUCACUUUGUUUGGUGGUCGAUGUUAGAUGCAGAAUAUGGAGAAAAGCGUGAACUAUCUGUGUUAACACGGCUGUAUCGGGGACAUUUCUGUAGCAUCAUACCUCCUUUUAAUUUCACUUUGUUUCCUCGACGACGCGACAAUUUCAAACACAAAAUAAAACAAUAGAAAUGCAAACAGCUGGAAAGGGGAAACACGCCGCACGAAAGCGUCAAAAGCAGGAACGAUGUUGAACUAGUGGAAAGUCCGAGUGUUGAAUGGUUUCAGCGUCUGUCCUGUAUGUUUCCCAUUCAGUGGAACAACUUCUACACACAUACACUUAAAAAAAUGAAAACUAAUCAGAAAUCACUCAUGUGUUGAUUGACAUGUUGUUGUACUUUUAAUCAGUUUAUUUCUGUCACUAAAUUGGGAUCAGAUCAUUUAUUAUUAAUCACUGAAUUGCAGUUUGAUUUUCUGCAGAAUUCUACAUCAAUAAAGAGCAUCCAAUUAAA